AUGGCUUCCUCAAGGAAUCACAAUUUCAUUUUCAUGCCUAUUUCAUUUCUAAUGAUUAUUGCCACAAUACCAUUAACAUCUGCAGGACUAUUGCCCUUCUCAGCAAAACAUGUUGUGAUUAUCAACAAACUUGUGACGCGUGCAACAUUGAUUGUGCAUUGCAAAAACAAAGGAGAAGACAAGGGAGUAAUUUCCCUCGGUCCUGGAGAUAGUUUCGAUUUCAGGUUCCGUGUUAACCUUCGCAAAACAACUGUAUAUACUUGCAGUUUUGCUUGGCCUGGAAAUACAGCGACAUUCGAUAUUUUUAGAGCUGAUAGAGAUGAUAAUCCAAAAAGCAAAGUUGGAGUUUGCAGUGAAUGUAUUUGGAGCAUCUACGAGCCGGCACCAUGUAGAGAUAGACGUGAUGGAGGCCAACCCAACUGCUUCCAAUGGGAUGGCUUCCCAUAA